AUGGCAUUUCCGAAUCCCAUCAUGACGACGACGACCCGCGUGCUCCUCGACGACUACCGCAACGUGCUCAUCCGCCAGGAGGAGACGAUCAUCUUUGCGCUCAUCGAGCGCGCCCAGUUUGCGCGCAACGACGCCAUCUACCGACAGCGCGCCGAGGCCACGCCGUCGCUGCGCGAGUUCAAGGGCAAGUACAACAGCUUCCAAGGCAGCUUCCUCGACUUUCUCCUCAGUGGCACCGAGAAGCUGCACGCGCUCAACCGCCGGUACACGGCGCCGGACGAGCACGCCUUCUUCCCGCAGCUGCUGCCCGAGCCGAUGCUCCCGCCCGUCGCGUACCCGACCGUGCUCAUUCCCAACGCAAUCAACAUCAACGACCAGAUCAUGAACGUCUACCUGCAAAAGAUCCUGCCACACAUCACGGCAGACGUCGACGACUCAACCACGUAUGGGUCGGCGGCCAAUGCGGACGUUGCCGUGCUGCAAGCGCUAAGCAAGCGCAUUCAUUUCGGCAAAUUCAUCGCCGAGGCCAAGUUCCAGGCCGAGACGGACAAGUACUCGGCGCUCAUCCGCAACAAUGACGCCGAGGGCAUCAUGGCGGCGCUCACCAACGUCGUCGUCGAGGAGAAAGUUGCCAAGCGUGUGUGCCUCAAGGCGUCAACGUACGGCCAAGACAUUGACGGGGCACCGACCACGGCGGGCGGGCACUGCAAGGUCGACCCGCAGCUCAUCUCAGACCUCUACCUCAAUUUUGUCAUGCCGUUGACCAAGGAAGUCCAAGUCGCGUACCUGCUGCAGCGCCUCGAGCACGAAUCGGUGGCCUUCGUGGGUCCGAUCGGAAGCCUCUCGUUCACGGCCGCGGUCCAGCACUUCGGCGCGUUUGCAACGCCCAACUUUGCGGCCGCGUCAACGACGGCCGACGUCUUCCAGAGCGUCGCCAACAACAAGACGGCGUACGGCGUGGUGGCGUUCGAGGACGCGCAGACGGGCAUCGUCAAGGAGACCCAGCUCCGCUUGCUGCAGAGCCAGCUCCAGAUUGUGGCCGAGACGCUCGUGCUCGAGCCGUUUGUUGUCGCUGCACAGCAUGCGGUUGAGGCGGCGAGGGUGACGUCGAUCUACCUGCCGGCGUCGGCCGAAGCGAGCUUUGGUACCGCGAUCGACCGGUUAUGGAGCACGGCCAAGGUCGUCGUCGUCGCAAGCGUUGAAGAGGCUGCGCGCCGCGCUCUCGAGGAAGCCACCGCGCUGGCCAUCACGACCAACGACGCGGCGACGGCAUUUGGCUUGUCGCACCACGUGGAGAUGCCGGCGUCGUCCUGGACGAGCGCGCCGCCGUCGACGUCGAUGCGGUUCCUCGUCAUUGGCAAGGCGUGCGGCUCGCCGACGGGCCGGGACAAGACGUGCAUUAGCAUGCGCGUCAAGCACCACGUCGGGUCGCUCCUCUCGGCGCUGCAAGUCUUCAAGGACAAUGGGGUCAACAUGACACGGCUCGAGUCGAUCCCGCGCGUCGGCAACGCAUGGGACUAUGAUUUCUUCGUCGAACUCGACGGCCACCGCGACGACGCGCACAUCCGCGCGGCCAUGGAGCAGAUGAAGCUGCACACGAACCACGUCCAGGACUUUGGCUCGUUCCCGGCCGUUCAGCACGAAUAGUACGAUAGCGUGAUGAGAUUUUCAUUGCGAGAUGACUGCAUUCUACCGGCUUGCAGAGAUGGACGAGAUUGGUCCAUUCUAGUCGUGAAAGCACGGGGUAUGCAGCAACGCUUGGAGCACCCGAACUCGACGUGUCUCCGUUAUGUAUGUAGUACAUCGUUUAUAAAUGCCUCGUCCCAGCAAUGCAGAGUAGGGCUAUGGCAGCGGUG